AUGGAAUUCGACGACGAAAUGGGCUAUGCCAUAGCAGGACCAAGCUCCUCGCGCUCAAACAGUCGACCGCCCCGUACACGCUGUCAACCGCCCCAGGAAUCCAUCAAGCAAUUCUGGGAACAAUUCAACACCAAGUACCCGGGCAAAGUAUAUACGGUGCUGCCGGACAAUCCAUAUGCACGGACACGGGCCAAGCAUGUUCCCAGCGGCCGUAUUCAGGGCCACGAGGCUGUCAAGUCGUACGAGCAGGCACGCCAGGAAUGUCAAAAGUCCGUCGACCGUAUUGUCAAGGAAUGCGAGCGCAUGAAUCAGAGAUAUUCGGACCCACACUUUGAUAUCGAGCUAGACCUGAAGUCUGGCCGGAGACACUAUCUCGAUGGAUUGGAUAAACCAAAUAUGCAGAUGAGACCCCGGGGCGUGAAAAGAGUGACUGAAAUUUUUGAAAAUCCGCGGUUCUUUGUUAACGGACCUACCGCGUCAGAUGUGCGGCAGGGAUAUGAUGGGGAUUGCUGGCUCAUGGCUGCGCUUUGCACCAUGGGCAACAAGGAGGAGCUCAUCAAGAAGAUUUGUGUUGCUCGCGAUCAAGAGGUUGGAAUUUAUGGAUUUGUUUUCCAUCGAGACGGCGAGUGGCAACAGUGCAUUAUAGAUGACAAACUAUAUCUUUGCGCUGCUGACUAUGAUGAGUCUGUGGAGGAGCGACCCAUCUGGGACGACAUAACUCGGAUUGAUACGGAGGAAGAGUACCGGCGAGUCUGGCAGACAGGCUCGCGGGCCCUGUACUUCGCACAGUGCGUCGACGACAAUGAGACGUGGCUACCUCUUCUAGAAAAAGCCUUCGCAAAGGCCCAUGGAGACUAUUCCGCGAUUGAGGGUGGAUUUGUUGGUGAGGCUAUCGAGGAUCUCACCGGAGGCGUUACGUCUGAGGUCUUAUCUAGCAAUAUCCUGAACAAGGACCGCUUUUGGACCGAGGAAAUUAUGAAAGUCAACACAGAAUUCCUGUUUGGUUGUGGGACAGGCCUAUUUUCAAACUGGUUAGAUCCUAAUUACCGGGGUCCACCAAGGGAUCGAAAGGGUAUCGCGGAGGGUCACUCCUAUUCCAUCAUGGAAGCCCGGGAGAUUGACGGCCACCGGUUACUGCGACUGAGGAACCCAUGGGGUCGCAAAGAAUGGCACGGUGCAUGGGGUGAUGGAUCCAAAGAAUGGACACCCGAGUGGAUGAAAAUCCUUGGCCAUAAAUUUGGCAAUGAUGGUUUCUUCUGGAUCUCUUAUAAAGAUCUCCUCAGGAAAUACCAGCACUUCGAUCGGACACGCCUCUUCGGAGCUGAAUGGACCAUUACCCAGCAAUGGACUACCUUGAAUGUUCCCUGGUCCGCGGAUUAUCACAGCACUAAAUUCAUGAUGGAUGUGACUAAGACUGGACCGGUAGUCAUUGUCCUAUCCCAGCUUGAUACGCGCUAUUUCAAAGGACUAGCCGGCAAGUACAGCUUCGUGCUCAAGUUCCGCUUGCAGAAGGAAGGCGAACAAGAUUAUCUCGUGCGCAGCCAUAGCAGCCACUUUAUGGGCCGAUCUGUGAACGCCGAGAUUGACCUUGAUCCCGGUCACUAUCACGUCCUGAUGAAGAUCACAGCUUUCCGCCACGAAGAUGCAGACUCGACCGAGGAAAUUGUCCGUCAGGUUGCCUCGACGAGAAGAGAGAAACUAGUGCAAGUCGGCCUUUCAUACGACCUCGCGCAUGCAAAGGGACUGGUAGGCGAAACACACCAAGAAAAGCGGGAGCAGCAGCGAUUCAAAGCAGCUGAGCGGAGAAAGCUUCGAGACGAGAUUAAGGAAAAGAUGCAGAAGGACUGGAUUCGCAAUCAAAAGCUAAGCGCCCGACAGGAGCGGAUGCGAGCAAGGUGCGGACGCACCCCCAGCGGCAGCUCCUACGAUCACAACUUCGAACGCGAUUAUGUCCCCAGCCAAAUUCUGGUAGAGAAACCAAUGGAAGAUUCUGCCAUCGACGUUUCAAGCAUCUCAAGUGAAAACAGUGACCGCCGCGUCAACGGUUCUAUCCCGAGCAUCUACGUCAACGGCGGCCAGGGCCUGCACGCAAGACACGCAAACAAUGAUUGGCGACGUAGAGCCGACUCUCCGCGGGCCAGUUUAGAUGCUCGUUUUGCUACAGGGACUCUUGAUCAGGGUGAUCUUGAAUUACUAGAAGGGUUCGAAUUUGACAGCGAUCUCGACAUGCCUCCUGACGAGACGGGUGUGAAGAACCACCCUCCAUCGGUAGGUCAUGAUGAGCCUUCUGUUGACCCGUGGAAUGCCGUCUGUGUGGUCGGACUGCGGGUUUACUCCAAGGAUCCGAUGUUGAGUCUGCAGGUUGUGCGCCCUGUGCCAGAGGAUGAUACUGAAGCUCCUCUCGACCGAGACGACCCUGCGGCGUCGGCGACGUCGGCGACUGCCUCUCGGCAAGAUUCAUAUUCCUGGAGGGACUCUUGGAUCAGUCAUCUAUUUAUUUAG